UUUUGACAAAGACAAGGUAUAUCCAACAACAACAAGGGCAACUACACAAGAAAUUACAAUUAAAAAGGAUAGUACCUUAAUUAGUAUUUCACAUUUUAUCGAACAAGGUCACAAAUCAUGGGGUACCAUAAGAAAAUCAAGAGUAUUAACGACUUUUGUUGUCAUUUUCGUAUCUAUUUGGUUCAUUUUAUUUACCACACGUUUUGAAGAAUAUAUAAGAAGAAAAUCAGAGAAAUUUAUAAACACGCUAAAGAACAAGAAAGAACUUAAUUUUAAUUCCAGUAAAAAAACAACGACAAAUAUUGGCAUUCAAGUACCAAUAUAUCCUUUUUAUUGCACACUAUCAUCAUUUAAUACAAACUCAACUACUUUACAUCGAGAAUCAACAACAUGUUAUGAAAGUAAUGAGACAUGGUCGAGUACUACGCAAUCAAAUCAAGAAUGGUUUUCAACAAUGAAAUCAUCAUCAAAUACUUUAUCCUGUUCUUUCGAAAAAAAUCAAAAUGAACAAAAAAUUAUUAGUAAAGAUUCAGAAAAACACAAGAAUGUUAUUUGCAAUAAUAACAACAAUGUAUAUGAUCUAAACAAGUUUGCAUAUUCGUACAAUGAAUUUGAUAUUUUUCAAUGUGAACACAUAUCUCAAUUAAUUUAUUAUAUUAAUUUAAGCCGUUCGCUUCAUUUUCAAUCAACUUUACUUUCUCAAAGAUGUAUCGUUAGUAUAUUUAAUACUUUCACUUCUUUAUCGACUAAAUAUAUAUUGAACUCUUCUUCGUCGAUAACAUAUUUGUAUAAACAAAAUGGCGUUUUCAAUGAUAACAACGGUAGAACAAUUAAUGUUAAUAAAUUAAAAAUUGUAAAUUUCUGGUCGAAAAGAAAGGAAAGGACAUGUAUUAUCAGUUCUUCGCCAGAAUUUCAACAGUUUUUAGCUAAUUUUAAGAAUUUCAGGUAUACAACACAAUCAUCAUAUUCUUUGAAAAUUUAUUAAUAAUGUAAAAGUUAUGGAAUAUUUAAUAAAUUAACGUCUCUUACAUUACAGAGAUUCUU